GGGGGGGUCUCAGCGGCCGGACCCCCCUGUGCAGUGACCCCGCACCUCCCGCUCCCGCCCCCCCCCGGCCCGCAGCCGGGCGGCCCUGGCAGGGUGGCCUUUGCCCCGCUGCCAUCCCUCGGCUCCAGGGGUGGCACCGCUGCCCGGGCGUCCCGGCGAGGGGUUGUGGGGGAGUUCUCCUCUCCCCCAGGAAGCACCAUGGGCCCCUCCGGACCUCUUCGCACCACCUAGACGUGUCUCCAGCCAGCACCACCACCCCACCCCAGGGCAGCAGGAUGGCCCAGCAGCGCCACGCCGUCCCCCCACCACUCAAGACGGAGGAGGAUUACAUCCCCUACCCCAGUGUGCACGAGGUACUGGGCCGGGAGGGGCCGUUCCCCCUCAUCCUCCUGCCACAGUUCGGGGGUUACUGGAUUGAGGGCACCAACCACCAGCUGAGCGGGACCCCCGACUCGCCCCCCACCCCGGCCCCUGGCACCCGGGCAAAGCUGGAGGGCAACCACACGGCCAAGAUCUACCGCAAGCACUUCCUGGGCAAGGAGCACUUCAACUACUACUCCCUGGACCCGGCCCUGGGCCACCUCGUCUUCUCCCUCAAGUACGAUGAGCAGGAGCACCUCCACCUGCUGCUGCGCACCCGUGCCCGCACCCUGCACGACGUGGUGCCCAUCUCCUGCCUGGCCGAGUUCCCCAAUGUGGUGCAGAUGGCCAAGCUGGUGUGUGAGGACGUCAACGUGGAUCGGUUCUACCCUGUGCUCUACCCCAAGGCCUCCCGCCUCAUCCUCGCCUUCGACGAGCACGUGCUCAGCAACCACUUCAAAUUUGGGGUCAUCUACCAAAAACUGGGGCAGACCUCAGAGGAGGAGCUUUUUGGCACCACGGAGGAGAGCCCAGCCUUCGCCGAAUUCCUCGACGUCCUGGGCCAGCGGGUGCAGCUGCGGGACUUCAAGGGGUUCCGGGGGGGGCUGGACGUGACGCACGGGCAGACGGGCAGCGAGUCCGUCUACUGCCACUUCCGAGACAAGGAGAUCAUGUUCCACGUGUCCACCAAACUGCCCUACACUGAGGGGGACGCCCAGCAGCUGCAGCGGAAGCGCCACAUCGGGAACGACAUCGUGGCCAUCGUCUUCCAGGACGAGAACACUCCGUUCGUGCCCGACAUGAUCGCCUCCAACUUCCUCCACGCCUUCGUGGUGGUGCAGCUGGAGCAGGGGGGCACCCAGGGCACCCUCUACAAGGUCUCGGUCACCGCCCGUGACGACGUGCCCUUCUUCGGCCCUCCGCUGCCCGACCCCGCCGUCUUCAGGAAGGGCCCUGAGUUCCAGGAGUUCCUGCUGACGAAGCUCAUCAACGCCGAGUACGCCUGUUACCGGGCCGAGAAGUUCGCCAAGCUGGAGGAGCGGACGCGGGCGGCUCUGCUGGAGACGCUGCACGAGGAGCUGCAGGCCCGCAGCCAGGCCAUGCUGGGGCUCGGCCCCGACGACGAGCGACCCGACAACGGCGCGGCCGCCCCGGGCUUCUUCGAGUCCUUCAAGUCGCUGCUGGUGCCCGGGAGCCGCCGGGGACGCCGCGGCAGCGCCAUCGGGCUGGGCUCGGUGGAAGAGGCGCUGCUGGUGCCCGGGAAGAGCCCGUCCCGGCGACGGCCCGGCCCGCUCGGCUCCCGCCGCUCCAGCGCCAUCGGCAUCGAGAGCAUCCAGGAGGCGCCGGCCGGCAGGGACGGCCCCGCCGCCCCCGAGGGCUCCGGCUCCACUCACAGCUCCCCCGAGAGCCACCGGCACCACGACAGGGCCGAGAAGCCGGAGCCGCCGGAUUUCUCCCGCUCCUCCUCCAGUGCCAGCAGCUUCGGCAGCGCCGCUGAGGAGCCCGAACCGGGCCGGGAGAGCCGCUCACCCUCGGGGACCCACCGCAAUGCCUUCCCCGACACCCCCUGGCCAGAUGACCCCCCUGGGACCCCCACAGGCCGCCGCCCCCCCGACUCCCCCUGCCCCGAGAUCAAAAUCCAGCUGGAGCAGCCCCCCCAUAAUCCGGUGAGGCUGUGCCCCCCCACCAGUGCACCCCAGUAUGGGGGUGCCCACACUGGGGUGCCCCCACUGAUGUCCCUCCCACAGGGCUCAUAGUCACCCCCCCACCCGCGGGGGGGUCACCGCUUCGCCCCCCCAUUCCCCCCGUGUGCCAUCCCCAUGCCAGGAGCUGAAGCCAUCGUCCCCAGUGCAGGAUUUGGGGGGACCCCCCCAAAAAUGGGAGUGUCCCCCCCUCCAGACAAUCUCUGUCACCCCAAAUACCCCUCCGGGGAGGGGGGGUGAUGCACCACAAAGGGCCCCCCCUCUGCCGUGACCCCAAAAUGAGGAGCGGGUCCAACCCCAGCAUCACCCCCUUCCUACAAAAGAAAUGGGGGGCUCAAAUCCAGGGUAACCCCAAAGUGGGGCUCCCCCUCCCCACCUUUAUUUUAAGGGAGAAAAGCUCCGGAAUGGGUCGGAGGCUGGAAUUGGGGGGAGGGGAGGAUUAUUUUUUCACACCUCCCCAACUCGUGUUUGUGUUUCCCGUGAGUCCUGUAUAAAAUAAAGGUUUAUUUAUCGCUA